UCUCAGCCAGCCAGCCAGGCAUCUCCCUCACCCUUUGCCAUCAUUUCAGGGCCAGCAGGGCCUCCCCACCCACCCCAGGAUGUCACAGGGUGUAACCUAUGCUGACCUGCGCUUCGUGAGGACCCCUCCGGAGAGAAGCCAGGAGAAAGGUACGUGGAACCAACUGGACCAGAUCCAGAUGCCCCCCUCCGUGCCUCACCCCUCGGCUCCUCUUCCAGACCCCAGCGAGGGAGAGCUGACCUAUGAGAACGUCCAGGGCCCCCCUGGCCAGGAGGAGAGGACUCCCACCGCCACAGAGGGCAGGAAAGAGUCAGACCGUCGGACUUGGUACGCCAAUCUGGCAUUGUUGGCCGCCUGCCUCUGCCUUCUCACCACCGCCAUAGGACUGGGGGUCCAAUACUGGCAGGUCUCACGGCAGCUGCAGCAGGCGAAUGAAGAUGGCAGCGCCCUGGCACGGAGAAUUGGCUCCAAGGAGGGCAGCCUGGCCCAGGCCCAGGUCCAGCUGGAAGAGGCCAAGGAGGAGCUCCACUCCACCAACGAGACCCUCCGGAGCUGCUGGGCUGCUGGGAACAGGACCCAGGAGAAGCUGAGGCAAGCCAAUGAGAGCCUGAUGCUCACGCAGCAGGAGAAGGAGAAGCUGCAGCAGCAGCUGGACCAGACCAUGAAGAGUUUGGAGGAAGCCAAAUCUUGCCAAGAGAUUGGCUGUUGUCCCCAUGGAUGGAAUCUCUUCAGGUGGAAAUGCCUGUGGAUUUCAAACAACACAAAGAGUUGGGGUGAUAGCUGGGCAGCCUGCAAAAGGGAAUCAUCUCAGCUGCUUGUUUUAAAGCCCUGGAGUGCAAAACAGCUAUGGGGUGCCACAUUCAUUGAUAAGAGAACUCAAUACUGGAUUGGACUUGAGGGGAAAUGGUACAAGAAAUGGGUUGAUGGUACGAACUAUGAAGGAACUGAAAAUAUUGGGACAUGUCGAUCUAGGGGCAACUGCGUUCAAAUGAGCAACAGAGCCCUGCAAUGGUGUGGCUGUUCAACAAAAGCCAGAUACAUCUGCGAGAAGAACGCUCAAUAGCCACAGCCAGUGUGAGCUCAGUAGGGCCAAAGUACGUGCAAAGACCCCCGACAGGCAAGGCCUUCUCUGGAGGAGCCAGCAUGGCUUCUUCCAGCAAUGAGCCCCCUCCCGGCCACCACGCCUAACUUUUCUACUACUUACACUGAAUGUCUGUCUUGUGCUACUUGUAACAGCCAUGGUUGCCCUAUCCAAGAAUCCUGGGAACCAUAGUUUGUUAAGAGGGUGGAGAGACUCUCUGCACAGAGCUACAGUUCCCAACUGUGCUGGCAUCCAUCUGUCUCAGGAGAUCAUGGAGGAGUCCGCCUUUUGCCUUUAGGGUGAAGUCAAACUCCUGGGUGAUUGCAGCGCCUGCUGUGGCUGCAUAGACCGAUAGCGAAGAGACAUGUGUUGUUGCAGCUGAGGCAGAGGAAGGCAUCCAGUUGUGCUGCUGCAGAUUCACCAGGGUGUUCCUUCUCUCUGUGGGAAUGUUCAGGGUGGCAGGAGAGGAUAUAUUGUUUAUUAAUGUCCUUCCUAACUUGCGCUAGCGUGUUCCUUUACUUAGCAGAGUACAGUCCCCUUUACACAGCAGAAAACUAGUUGCAGAGUCGUGUGAGUUUCUUAAGACAAUACACAAUUCAGUCUGGCACAGUUUUGGGUCGGAGGAGGCCAGUGCGCAUGCGCACAAGCUAUUUCCAGUGCUCCUGCGACCCAGAAGUGCACCAGAAAUAGCGGAGGUGCAAGCAUAUGGGCGUGCGCUCCCCCACCCUCCGGCCCACCGCGUGAUCGGCGCUUCGGGCACCGGCCCAAAGCGCAGUAAGUAUGGGAACCCCUGCUCUAGAGGGCCACUAAAGGUAAAGGUAAAGGGACCCCUGACCAUUAGGUCCAGUCGUGACCGACUCUGGGGUUGCGCGCUCAUCUCGCAUUAUUGGCCGAGGGAGCCGGCGUAUAGCUUCCAGGUCAUGUGGCCAGCAUGACAAAGCCGCUUCUGGCAAAUCAGAGCAGCACAUGGAAACGCCGUUUACCUUCCCGCUAUAGCGGUUCCUAUUUAUCUACUUGCACUUUGACGUGCUUUCGAACUGCUAGGUUGGCAGGAGCUGGGACCAAGCAACGGGAGCUCACCCCAUCACAGGGAUUCGAACCGCCGACCUUCUGAUCAGCAAGCCCUAGGCUCAGUGGUUUAACCACAGCGCCACCUGGGUCCCUCAGAGGGCCACUACCAAAUCCAUUUAUUGGAUUUGGAACACACGAAAGAAAAGGGUGGUUUAUGGUGAGCUGCAAAUGGCUUUAGUCUCUCUCUCUCUACUCUCAGGAAAGUCUUGUUCUUUUUGUUUCAUUUCAUUCUUCAAAUUAUUGCAUUUUGUAUUUCUGAACUUGUAUUCUGGUUUGUUGUUGCUGCUUUUUGCUUUGUAAGACCACUCAGGAAAAUGUUACUUUCAGGCAACCGUAUAACAAUUAUGAAGAUUAUAAUCUUGUUAAUAAUACCAAUGCUAAUAAUAGUAAUAAUAAACAUAAGAUU